GUUAGUUUUGGGAUUAGAACGAAAAUGCAGUCUAAGAAUUGUCAGUCUAUCCAAAUAUUUAUUACGUUUCUUGCUUUUCAUAGUGUUCACUCCACGAUCGAACGCACGCGCGCACAGUCGGUCCCUAAAUUUUGCUGACGACAACAAAAAAAUAGCAAAAUGUCAGCCAGAGGUGCAAAGAAGAAGAAGCCCAUGUCAAAAUCUGCAAAAGCCGGUGUGCUUUUCCCAGUGGCACGAAUGAGACGGUACUUGAAAGGGAUGACCCAUCAUUUCCGUAUCGGAGCGGGUGCCCCCGUGUAUAUGGCAGCUGUCAUCGAAUAUCUUACGGCUGAAAUACUGGAGUUGGCUGGCAAUGCAGCUAGGGAUAACAAAAAGGGCAGAGUGACCCCAAGACAUAUUCUCCUUGCAGUUGCUAAUGAUGAAGAAUUAAAGCAGCUAUUGAAACAUGUCACCAUAGCCUCAGGGGGAGUGUUACCAUGGAUUCAUCAUGAACUUCUUCACAGGAAGCGGGGAGGAAUUCAGAUGAAGCCCACCACUGCCACCACAGAUGGUCCUUCCGCUUCAAAGAAGCCCAAGGUCAUUCCUGCUGCUUCACUGCCAGCCGUACCAGCCACACCAAUCAAAGGAGGAAAAGCCGCUAAACUGAAGGCCGUUAAACCACCCAAGGGAUUUAAACCAUCAGCCGAUGCAGUAGCUGCCACUUCUGCGGGGGGAUUUACAAUUUUGUCAGAAAAGAAACUCUUUUUAGGACAAAAGAUGACAGUCAUUCAGGGAGAUUUGGUUAAGAUAGCUGCUGAUUCUAUCGUACAUCCCACCAGUAGUAAUUUCUACAUGGGAGGUGAAGUAGGGCAAGCUUUGGAUAAAGCAGGUGGAAAAGAUUUUCGAAAAGAAAUUGAUGAUUUAAGCAAAACGCACGGAAACUUAGACACAGCGGGAGCUGCAAUCUGCCCGGGGCAUAAUUUUCCUGCCAAGUUUGUAAUCCAUGUUAACAGCCCGACUUGGAGUGGUGGGUCUGGUAACUCGCAACAACUUUUGGAGAAAGCUGUAAAGAAUGUUCUGAAACUAGCAGAUGAGAAAAAUCUCAAAUCUAUAGCCAUUCCUUCUAUAGGCAGUGGAAAUGCUGGAUUUCCCAAGCAGACAGCAGCGCAGAUCAUCCUGAGGUCAAUUAGUAAUUAUUUUGUUACAUGCAUGACGAGUUCUCUGAAACAAGUGUACUUUGUGCUAUACGACACAGAAAGUGUAGCCGUGUACACCAGUGAGCUCGGGAAGCUCGACUCAUAGACUCCAAAGACAUAAUACGAAGAGUAAGUGUUUACUAAUUAGUUGUGUGUGUUGAAAAACUUAAUAUCAGAGGUUAAAUAUUUCUGUGUUGUACUUUUAUCUUAAAGCUCUGUUACUAGUUCAUUGGUGUUCUGUAAUAAAGCUGAUUUAUUGUUACUGAUGUUUCAUUUCCAUGUACAUUGACUUUGAUUUGUAAUUGAAGUAUGCUAAUAUGCCUUAUGUUACAUGUACACAGAAUUUGACAUACCCGGUAUGAAUUUUUUCAUUGUAAAUGUAAUUUUUCUUUGAUACUAUUGUGAAAUUAUAUCAAUCCAUGAUAGUAAUCAAUAUCAAUUCACAGCUGAGCAAGCAUUUGAAGAUUGUUUCCUGGUAAAUUGAUAAUACACAAUGUGAAAAAGAGUUAAAUGAAUGAAAUAUUGUUCAAAGCUUUGAUAAAUCAAUAGAGACAAUUUUCAUGGCAUAUCUUCUGUGCACAAAUGCUUCUUAUUCAUUUAUUCACUGAGCUGCAUGGAGUGUAUAUCAUUGGUUUAUGAGUGAUACAAAUAAAUUGUAUAAACAUCAACAAACAAAAGGCAGCACUCUCAAAUUGUGUAAAAGUAAGAAAGAGAGGUUUUAUUCCAUUCAUUUUUCACUAUGCUGUACAACUCGUCUGUAUUCAAAUCCACAUACAUGUACAAGGUUAUGCUUUCAACACUUGAGUCUUUUAGGCCUGUAAUUUUUAUUGUCCAUCUCUAUAUCAGUAGUUGUUAAAUUCCAAGAGUUCGAUCGUGCAAUGUCAUUGUGAUGGUACAUGGGUUAGUGAAGUUACAAAGCAAUGUGCUACUAAUGUUAUUUAUAAACCCAACUGUAGUCUUAGAACUUGUGCCACAUUUUGAAGUUUGUGAUAUCAUUAUUUGUUUGUUAAAUAUAGUUCAUAAUUUAUUAAGUUUUUUUUUUUUUAAAAGUAUAGUUUUAAGUUUUACAAAAACUUUCUGAAACUGUGAUGUAUGGCAAUGUUUUAGUUAUAAAUUAUAUUUUAUCCAGUACCAAGUACAGCGUACACAUACCGGUAUGUUAUAGUAAAAUUAGAUGUUGGUUUGUUGUACCUCAAUGCUGGCAUACAACAUCUCUAAACUCUUCUAUUGUAUCAGACUCAUAAAAACAUUGUUGUGAAAUAGUGUAUUAUAUGUUUUAAAUAGAUUAAUGGUGUGAGUGAUAUGCAUUCUUAAUAACAUCUUUUUAUAAAAAUAUUCUGUGGUUUUAUGUGAAGAGUAGGGGCACCUGUUGAUGAUUUGGUCUUUGGGGCAAACGGUUUUAUUUAAAAUAUGCCUGGUUUAUAUUUUUCAUAUGUUUAGUAAAAUAUGGAAGUGUAUAGAGUAAAAACCACAUUAUAUUGCAUACACAAACUUUUUUGUCUCUGUAGUAAAUAAAUGAAUGUUAAACUCA